AUGUCCAGCAGUCUCUCCCCCACCGACCUCCGCCACAUCACCUCCAGCUCAAACCUCGCCAGCCCCCGCGAGCGCAGGCUCUCCAACCGCAACUCCCAGCAUCUGCGCACCCACCGCGUCGGCUCCCGCUCGCCCUCGUCCAUCCCGUCCUCGCCCACAUCCGUCCACUCGUCAUCCUCGGCCAUCUUCGAGCGCGACAUCGAGCCCAUCACGCCCGCCGCGGCCGUCUCGCCCAACGCCGACCCCCACCGCAUCGCGCGCGGCAAGUACACCGAGCAGCUCGAGCAGUCCGUCCCGUCCGUGCUCGACAGCGCAGCCACCGUCCUCGCUGCGUCCGAUGUCCAGGACGACGACUUUGAUGCCGUCUCCAUCAUCACCCCCGCCCCGCCCGACAGUGGCUACCGCUCCGGCUUCGCAAGUCCUUCCAGUCGUAUGAGCAGCCGCAGCCCGAGCCCGACAGGCGUCAGCCCCGGCCGCCGCACGAGCCUGCUCUUCAGCACGAGCCCGACGAGCCCGCUGCAGUUCAUCCACACGCAGGCGCAGAGCCCCGUCCCGAUCGCGCCCCUGCCGACCGUGCCCGCGACGCCGACGUCCGCGUACUACUCCGCGGCAGCGUCCGCCGUGCCGUCCGAGGUGAACUCGGAGGCGUCCUCGCCGACGACCGCGACGCACCACGAGCACCCGCUGCACUCUUUGCCAACCUCGCAGCCGACGACGAUCACGAUCCCCGCACCCUUCAUCCCGCACCCGCCCUCGCCCAAGGCGGCCGCCAAACGCCUCUCCUUCCUCUCCUACACGGACCUCCUCUCCUCCGCCCCGUCCUCGACCCUGCCCCUCUCGUCCGUGCUCACGAACGAGCCCCCGCACCUCCCCAGCGUCAUCGGGCUCCCGCAGGCGCUGUACGCGGCGAGCUCGAGCGCAGGCAGUGUGCGCGCAGCGAGCGUCAUGGAGCGCGAUACGGCGAGCCAGGUGGUGGACGACGUGGGCGGCGAGUGGGAGCGGGAGGGGCUGGGGAGGGGGCUCGAGGAGCGCCUGGAAGCACUGAACUCGGGCGCGACUGGAGGCCCGCCUGCUGUCGUGCAGGUCUCGGGGCGGGCGUAG